GUGAAGAUUCCAAAUUUCCAACAGGUAAAGAAGAGGCCAAGAGGGACGAGAGAGAGAGAGAGAGAGAGAGAGAGACCGAGCCACAAAGAACGAGACACUGACACAGAGAGGAAGAGAGAGAGAGAGAGAGGGUUUGGGCUUGGAGAAGAGUUUGAAGAGGCAUUCGAUCGUAUUGGCCGUUGAAGCUUCUGCUUUUCGAAUCGGAGCCUUUGGGUUCUGGUAUUCGUCGUCCUUCGAGCGGUACGAAGGGCGAUGGCGGUGGCUGUGUUGUUUCUCUUGCGAUUCGUCUGUGUUUAAUCGAGUUUUCGCAGUCUGAUCCUGCCUCUUCUGCUUUGUCAUGCAACAGAUGGCUUUCCCGAUGUAACAAUCUCUAUACAUUUCUUUCUCUGUCCUGGUACGCGGUGGUGUUCUGAUGUGAGAACAGAAGAGCAGCUCAUAUUCCAGUCAAUCAAUUAAUGAUUGUUUGGGAUACAAACUACUUUCUCGCUCAACUAGUGUCAGCUUUUGAGUUUGGCGCCUGCUUGAGAGAGGAGGAAAAGCACUCUGUUGUGGCCACCUCUGCUGCUGGCCUCAAAAACCACUGGUUUUCCUCUUCAUUCCAUGUAUCAUAAUUUGGACAGCCCUGUACAGACUCAGAUGGCUGUUGCAGUCUUCAAUGGCCCCAUCAAGGGGGAGUACCAUGGGCCCAAGAGAGUGGAGGGGAAAUCUUCUGGUAGGAGGCGUGUCUUUGUGCAAACUGAAACUGGCUGUGUGCUGGGGAUAGAGUUGGAUAGGAGUGACAAUGCACAUACGGUGAAGAGGAGGUUGCAAAUUGCACUCAAUGUUCCAACGGAGGAGAGGUCACUGACUUAUGGGGAUAUGGUUUUUAAGAAUGAUCUUAGUGCUGUACGAAAUGAUGCCCCUCUUUUGCUUACUAGGAAUUUCAUGCACAGAAGCUCAUCGACUCCGUGUCUGUCGCCUACCGGUCAUGAUCUCCAACAGGGAGACAAGAGUGGCCUGAUUGAAGUAUUGGGCCGCUCAAAUUGUUUUGCUAAAACAAAGUUACUGGUGAAGGACAUUGUGAAGGCAAUUAAGAAUGGUGUUGAACCUAUCCAUGUUCAUGGUGGCCUUGGAGGUGCUUACUAUUUCAGGAACAGCCAAGGAGAGAGAGUUGCAAUUGUGAAGCCAACAGAUGAAGAACCAUUUGCUCCAAACAACCCAAAGGGCUUCGUUGGCAAAGCGCUUGGUCAGCCAGGACUGAAGCGCUCAGUGCGAGUUGGAGAGACGGGGAUCAGAGAAGUUGCAGCAUAUCUUCUUGACUAUGAUCACUUUGCCAAUGUGCCUGAUACUGCCCUUGUGAAGAUUACUCACUCUAUCUUCCAUGUCAAUGAAGGGGUGAAUGGAACUAAGUCUCAUGGCAAGAAGCAGGUGAGCAAAAUUGCCUCUUUUCAGCAGUUCGUCCCUCAUGACUUUGAUGCCAGUGAUCAUGGGACUUCGAGCUUUCCUGUUGCUGCUGUGCAUAGGAUAGGGAUAUUAGAUGUUAGGAUCUUUAACACGGACAGGCAUGCUGGAAACCUUCUGAUUAGGAAGCUUGAUGGUGUUGGGAGGUUUGGUCAAGUGGAGCUCAUUCCGAUUGAUCAUGGCCUUUGCUUGCCAGAGAGCCUUGAGGACCCUUACUUCGAAUGGAUCCAUUGGCCUCAGGCAUCAAUUCCAUUUUCAGAGGAUGAGCUCCAGUACAUAGCUAAUCUUGAUCCGGUAAAGGAUUCUGAGAUGCUUCGUAGUGAGCUGCCCAUGAUACGGGAGGCAUGUCUUCGGAUCCUAGUUCUCUGCACAAUUUUCCUCAAGGAAGCAGCAGCCCUUGGUCUCUGCCUUGCUGAGAUUGGAGAGAUGAUGACUAGGGAGUUCCGUAGUCGUGAAGAGGAGCCAAGUGAGCUUGAGAUUAUAUGCAUUGAGGCAAGGAGGCUGAUAGCCGAGAGGGAGGUGUCAUCUCCAGAGGUGGAAGCAGCUGGAGAGGAACAGGAUUUUGUGUUUGAUAUAGAUUGUGAGGAGUCGGAAGCUGACUUCACAAGUAAGAUGAUGGCAGAUGAUUUCCUGACUAAAGGACCAUUUCAUAUUGGGUUUAAGGGUGGGAAUGGUCGAAACCCGCUGUCUAAACUGGAGGAGAGCAUUAAAGAGGAUGAAACUGAGGGGGACGAAGAGCCAACAACAAAGGUGGAGGAAUUGGCAGUGCCAGUACCUCAGACGCAGGUUUCAAAAGCAUUGAAGCUCUCCAUGUCUCUGAAAAACAUGAGUCUAGGUGAGAAGAACCAGCAUUACCAGAUGGCAAAGCCCGAGUGCACAUCGUCUGGGAACUGGAGGAGUGCAAAUGAGCAGCUAACUGUGAGUGCUAGCUUUGUGAAGGUGGCUGACAUGAACGAGGAAGAGUGGACACUGUUCCUUGAGAAGUUGCAGGAUCUGUUGCGUCCAGCAUUUGUCAACCGGAAAGCUGUCACCCUCGGACAGAGGCAGAGACAAAGGCAGAGGCUUGGGACUUCAUGCCAGUUUUGAGACAGUUCUAUCAUUGUGGGAAAAAAAAAAGAGUGAAAAAUAAGACUAGUAGUAGUAAGUUGUGGGGAUGAAGAAGAUUUGUUAGUUGGUUUGGUAUUCCUGGUUUUACUCUUUUGUGUAGUUGGUCCACCGCUCUUUCCCCACCUCACUGGAGAAGGAACUUUGUAGUUUGGGAGUAGUAGUAGGAGGAAUGUUGUAAAUAUUUGUUAAAAAGAGGAUAUGAGAGUACAACAAUUAUCAGCUUCGGUCGAGAGACGAGAGGGGUUAUGAAAUAUGGUUUGUCCUUUACCUAUCAGCCACUGUUAGAGAAAUAAUCAGAACUUCCAGAAGAAUAAAAUUCUGGAAGGACAAAACCAGAAUAAAGAGAGGCUUAUUAUGUACAUUGUAAAGCUACCUAGUGUUAUAAUCUAUGUGUAAUGCUUUGAUUUGAUCUAAUAUACUUUGGCUGUACAGCUUUGGUUUUU